AGUAAUUGCACAUACAGAAACACACGCAACGUGAGAUACUACCAUCAAUUGAUCGAUUGGAGCCGCAGCUAGGUUUACUACAAUCACUGAUCAAUUCACCCUCAACUCAAUGGCUCUAUGGUGCAGAUUGAAGCAACCCCAGCUCAAAUCCUUAUCAAAUCACCUCAAAAGAUGCUUUUUUUCACCUAUUUUACUCACUCAACACCCAAGAAUCUCUACUAUAACCCAGCAAGAUUCAAUUUUGAAUAAUACCCACUUCAAGAUUCCUCAAAAUUUUCGAUCUUUUGCUGUUCCUGCACAGUUUAAGCCAAAACAAGAAGAGGAAGAAGACGAUGGGCCGCGGUUGAAUGAGAAAAUUACAGCUCCUUCUGUUAGGCUUGUGUUGGAUCAAGGCCAUACUAUAGUGUCAAGGCGUGAAGCUUUGGAGCGGGCAAAAAGUGUAGAUCAAGAUUUAGUUGAGGUAGAUCGAAAUGCUAAGCCUCCUGUUUGCAAAAUCAUGGACUAUCAUAGAGAACAAUACGUAAAAAAAUUAAAGGAGAAAGAGCGUACUAAAAGCAAGGCUGAAGUGACUCUCAAGAAAGGAUCAUCCAAAUCAGUUCAGUUUGAGAGUAAAAUUGAAGAAAAAGACCUGCAAAUGAAGGCAGCAACAGUCAAAAAAAUGAUGGAAAGUGGUUAUCGUGUAAAGUGUCUCGCCAAGGCGAAUGAUAAAAAGGCGAAUGAUAAAACGGAGAAUGAUGAAACGGAUAAUGAUAAAUCAGAGAAUGAUAGAAAGGGGAAUGAUAGAAAGGGGAAUGAUAGAAAAGGGAAUGAUAAGAAGGUGAAUAAUAAAAAGGUGAAUGAUAAAAAGGCAAUGCCUAAUGAAGAUGAGAACCUACCAGGAUUGUUAGCCCGUUUCUGCGCUCUGAUUGCGGAUGUUGCAGUUAUAGAAAGUGGGCCUAUAAUAGAGAGAAAAGGGGCAUAUGUUGUUGUCCGACAUGUGAAGUAUGGGCUACCAAAGAAAGGCUCAAAGAAAACUUUCCAACUUCAAGCCACAAGUAACCAAGCUAAAGAGGUUUCCUAUUCAGAGGCAGACAUGAUUCCUGUCAAUGAAAGCUCCAUGCUUGAUGACCUGACCCCCACAUCCCACCCACCAGAACCUUCACUUGAAAUUGAAAAUAGGUACAAAAAGGACCAAGGAAGCAGAUCUUUACCUUACACAGAACUGAAUGUUGCUAGUCCUCCAUGUGAGACUGAGAACAGGUACAAAAAGGACCAAACAACCAGGUCUCCGUCUUCCGCAGAAAUAAAUGUUGCUGGUCCUUCACUUGAGACUGAGAACAGGUACAGAAAAGAUCCGAUAAACAGGUCUUCGCCUACACAAACAAAUUUCGCAAGUGCUGAUACAAAACCUUUACAACCCCAAUCUCCAUACCAAGGCAGACAACCACAACAAUAUCCAAACCAAGAGAGGCAAGUGCCACAAUAUCCAAACCAAGGUAGGCAACCACUACAACAUCCAGAUCUAGGCAGGCAACCGCAACAAUAUCCUGACCAAGGCAGGCAACUGCCAAAAUAUCCAUCUCAAGGUAGGUCAACACAGCCAUAUCCGAACCAAGGGAGGCAAGCACCAGAAUAUCCGAACCAGGGCAGACCAUAUCCUGGUGCUUCACCUAAUUCAUCCGGUGGUUCGGAACCUAACAGUACUACUGAGCCACAACCGGCAGUGGUAAAUAGGUAUAAGAAAGCUGUUAAUCAGCAUUCAGGUGUGCCCAACUUUCAUGGCAGAGGGCACGGUAGAUAAUGUUUUUGUCAUACAGAAACUCUCUGCAGUCUGGGAAAUGCAAUAUUGGCAGUGUGGCAAUUGUAGGGAAGACUUAAUGGAGUAUUUUUGACAAUUGAGUUGGAGAAGAUCACGUAGGUGAAAUUGCCAAGACACCAUUCUUUAACUAACACUGAGGAUACAGAACUCGUAAGCAUGAUUGAAUGAAUGGUGCUGGUCAUUCAUAGAUCCAUUAUUUCGAUAACUAAAAUUCCAAUAAUUAUAAAUGGUAUUGUGAGAUUAAACACCCUGGCUUUAGUUUAUUAUUAUUGAGGAGAUCGGUUUUUUGUUCAGCGUGCUUCAGAGACCUAUGUUCUCCCAAGUCAAAGUGAUGGUUAAAAUUAUGGAAUGUCAUAGACAGAAAAUGUCAGGUCUUUAGGAGGUAUGUAUUUUUACUUAGAAGUGAAUGUUAAGCCUAGCCGAACGUUUUGUUGGUUUGUAGAUGGGUGUUUAGUCGAUCAAUAUGUUGGUUUUGUUGGUGUGCAGGUUUACCUAUUCAGUCAUUUUCAAUACUCUGCAUCUGAAUUUCAACAAGCUUGUUCCGAAUGUAAGAACUGGUAUGAUAGAGUAAGAAACUAGUAAGCUGGCAAUUUAUGUGGUGGCAAGAUAUGUGAUUUGCAAGAAAUUACUGUCAAAACUUUUGCACCA